ACCGUGUUGGAGUUUAUAUCCACCUGCAGCUCAGCACUGUACAGUGUGACGGGAAUGUGAACCCCGGACACGGUCAUGCGCUCUCCCCGGAUCACUUGUGCAGCUUUUUGAGAACACUCUCAUCUUAAACAUGACCGACUCGGUGCUGAGCGCGCACGCGAACGCGUCGGCGGUGUUCCUGAGCCCUCCGACGGCGCCCCCGACGCCUACGACGACGCCGCGCGUUCUGCGCCUGGACUCUCGCUCGCUGGUCAUCUCGGCCACCAUGUUCGCGGUCGGGGUGCUCGGGAACCUGGUGGCCGUGGCGGUGCUGUGCGUGUCCAAGAGGGAGCAAAAGGAGACGACGUUUUACACGCUGGUGUGCGGCAUGGCGGUGACGGAUCUCCUGGGGACGUGCUUCACCAGCCCCGUGGUGAUCGCGACGUACGUGGCGGGUCGGUGGCCCGGUGGCGCGCCGCUCUGCCACUUCUUCUCCUUCUCCAUGCUGUUCUUCGGCUCGGCAGGGAUGUCCAUCUUGUGCGCCAUGGCCGUGGAGCGCUACCUCGCGAUCAGCCACGCGUUCUUCUACUCGCAGCACGUGGACCGUACCGUGGCGCGGCUCGCCUUGCUCGUGGUCUACGUGGUGAACGGGGUGCUGUGCGCGAUGCCCAGUUUCGGCUUCGGGCGUCACGCCAAGCACUUCCCGGGGACGUGGUGCUUCCUGGACUGGCGCGCGUUGGACGCGCGUGGAGCCGCGUACUCGUUCCUGUACGGCGGCUUCGUGCUGCUGCUGAUCGCCGUCACGGUGCUGUGUAACUGCGCCGUGUGCCGCUCGCUGGUCGGCAUGAGCAAGAAGACGCGCGUCGUCGCCGCAGCAGCCAGAGCCGAGGCGCACUCGGGACACCCGGGAUCCAGACGCGCCUUCCGCAAACUGCCCGCCGUCGCCUCGGCAGCGGAGAUCCAGAUGUUCUGGCUUCUGAUUUUCAUGACAAUCGUGUUCCUGAUCUGCUCCAUCCCUCUGGUGGUUCGCAUCUUUGUCAACCAGCUCUACGGCCCUGCGUACAUCGCCGCAGGCGUGCAGCCAGAUUACCGCAGCGAUCUUCUCGCCAUCCGGUUUGCAUCCUUCAAUCCAAUCCUGGACCCAUGGGUGUACAUCCUGUGCAGGAAAAACCUGUUCAGCAAAUGCUGCGAAUGGAUCAAGCGCACCAUGGACCUGAGCAGAGAGAGUCCUGCACGGAAAUCCGGCUGGGUCCUCGGGCAAAACUCGCCUCCGUCACUCGUGCACAGCAACACCACCAGUUACGCCUCGCUGCGUGCAGCCUCGUGCAGAAACGCUGUGGGAAAACUGAGCACCAUAAACGCAAAAUCGUACGUCGACUUGAGCGUGCGACAGGCCUGGGACCUGGACACGGCACUCGACGACUUUCAUCCGUUUAACGUGCACCAGAGCCCAGUUCUGGGCUCAGAAAGCGAAACAGCAUCCGGAUGUGAAAUGAUGACUGUAAAGACGUCCGGUUGCGUCCAGGCGACACCGAUGUCCUGCUCAAAAGUGUGUGAACAUAAAGCCGUGAUUGUCACGUGUUCCUUCAGCACACCAAGUUCCUGUCUAUCAGAGGAGUGCUGAGGAACAUCACAUACGCUGAUCUGAUUAAGAGUGCAAAGAAAUGCACUUUUAUUAAUGGACUAAAGGCACUAAAACAUCAGUUGUUAUCGCCUGUAUCUCCUCUUGCAUCCUGGCAGGAACUGGUUAUUAUCUUUCAAUGGACAAAACCAAAUCUCCACUGGAGAAAUGUUCUUAUUUUUUUUUGGCCGAUUGUUCCUUUGAGCACCUUCAUACCAUCAGAAUUAAGAAAUUUUCAUUUCUGUCACCUUUGGACACUUUAAUGUCGUGUCCAUUGCUACUGAAUGCAUUAAUAUUAGCAUCACUAGUUGAGACAGAACCUAUUUAAAGUGCAUCCAAAGCUUCAGAAGUUUGGAAAAACAUUUUGGAUAAGAAGAUGGUGUUAGCCAGCAGUGAUGUAUGAAGUGCAUGGAGACUUGCAAGAUGGUGCACGUACAGUAUAACAAACACCAGGAAACAACACUCUAAUAAAGCCUGCUGCUGUUUUGUUCGAACAAACAAAUCAUGCAACCAAACCACAUUCAUUUCCUGUGUAGCUUUGCAGCCACAAAACCAACACAGCCACAAGCAGCAUUUGAGAUUUUCUUAAUUUUUACGCAAAUGAUUUAUGACGUGGUAAAGCAACAAAUGCAAAGGCUCCAGAAAACUCCUUGGACCAAUCCUUUUACAGCUAUAACACCCUGUCUCUAGUUCCCAUUCAACAAGUGUCUUGGUUUUAAUACAAUAUUUAGAGACAUCUUUUUUUUUUUAAAAAAAAAAAAGAAACUCAGUGAUGUGUAUAAAUUAUACAAAAGUCAUGACUAUUUUAUCAGAACUUGAAAAAUAAGCCACGCCCACAAUCGACAACUGUAGCACUCACUACGUGCACACAAGAGACAAAUCUGGAGACAAAUUUACGACAGAGCGAGUUAAGUUGAUUAGAAACUAUCCUCAGAGGGACUGGGGUUACAAGUCCUCUACAACAGUCCUCUAAUUCACUGUGACCUGACUAAUUAUAAAUAAAUAAAUAAAUAAAUAAAUAAAUAAAUAGAAACAGUCACUUGCCACAGUAGCUGGGAAAUGUGGCUUCAUUAUGGAGUUAAUUUCUUGGUUGACAAAAGAGCAAUCUAGAGCAAUCAAAACCCGAAACUGAAUAUCACGCUUGAGGGUGUGUGACUGAAUGUUUUGAAAUUAAAUGCAAAAUGAAGUGCACAUAUAAUCAAUUUCUAAAAAAGCAUUCAGUCUUUCUAUUAAUUCACAUUUUUAGAUUUAUAAACAGAACACUUCUCUCCUUGUCCAAGCUUACGAGUCUAUUGGUAUGACACAAAUUCAGAAAUAACAUUAAAAUUCAGAUUUUUUUUUUUCAUAUAUAUUCAGCUUUCUAAUGGCAUGAUUUUAAACUUACACAGGAAAUUAAGUGUGUGAAUGCAGGGUGACUACUUCCUGUUUACGGCCCCUUCCCUCACGUUACAUGUAUAUAAGGAUCUCAUACUGUAUCCAUUUAAAAUUUGUAUCUGAUGGACAUCUUGUUUGAAAUGUCCUGAAAAAUCUAACCUUGAGGUUUUCCAGCCUCAGUCACAACACUGUGUCUGCAUUUGCUGGACUCGGAGACGAAACCUGACAGACACUGUGUUAAAUGUCUUAAUGUUCUUAUUCCCUAGCUUAUUAUUAUUAUUAUUACUGUUUUGACUAAAACAUGAUCACGUUCUUAUCGUGCACAAAUUCUUAUACAUGUGAAUUCUGUGAAUUAACAUACUUUUGAUAUAUAAAAUGAUCCAUUUAUAGAGAUCGAAAAAAAUCUUAUUGACUGUGGGAGACAUAUUUCUAUGUCUGCUCUUUUUUAUAAUGUGAAUGUAUAAAGGUUUAUUUAUGGAUGUGCUGUUAUGUUGCAGUAUAAUGUUGGAUUUGCAUGACUUUAAUGACUUGUAAAACUGUGAACAAUAUAUUAUUGAAAAUAAAAAUGCUUGGAAUAUUCUUUUAAAAGUCCUUGACUUGGAAUUUCAUCACCAUUCAUGUUAAGGAAUAAUAACUUUUCAGACUUUAACACAUGAUCUUACUCUAACAGUUAGGAUUUCGACCAGCAGGGGGCGGUAACAGCCCAGGAGUACUACAACAGCACUGAUGGACAUGUAGCUCAUAAUUUUUACUUUUACAUUUUCACUAACUCAGCUGGUCUGUCUUUGUUUUUCGUCUGAGCUACAGUCAUAGCUAAAGAUAUUCAGUGUAAGUUUGUAUUUAAGGGUAAAUCUAAGACCUGUCUAAGAAUGUUGCAUAUCAGCUGUAUGGUAACGUGAAAGAACAAGAGUUUUGAAAUUGUUUUCUGUGGCAACUGAGCACUAAGAGGAACUGCAUCGUAAAAUAUUCCAUUAUUCUCAAUUCUUCCUCAUCAUC